UCGGUCACUCUGUCGUGGAGACAUCGAGGUGACGGCUGCCGAGAGGAAGAACAGCGCACUCCUGCAAGAACCCUCACCGACUUACCCUCUGGCUCUUCGCUCACCCUUCGAGACCGCAAGGGCACAACAGGCGAUACCAGUUUACACGACGAGAUUCGAGAUGAUGCUAUCGGUACGAAGCGCGAUCGCACUGGCGUUGGUGCUCCUCGUCCUGGCGGAAUGGUCGGCGGCGAUGCCAGCCACCGAUAAGGACAAAGAGCGGCUUCUGAACACCGUGGACCUGAUAGACGACGACGGCAGCAUCGAGACAGCCCUGAUAAAUUACCUGUUCACCAAGCAGAUCGUGAAGCGCCUCCGCAAUCAACUGGACAUUGGCGAUUUACAGCGUAAACGGAGCUACUGGAAGCAGUGCGCCUUCAACGCUGUGUCCUGCUUUGGUAAAUAGGCGCCUGGUUCGCCUGGAACGGGGGAGAAACGGGAGAGAUGCGUCCAAGAGUUCGUCGUACAUGGCUACCGUCGAGGAGUUUAGGGAUGCAAAGCGCGAAGAAUCUUACAAUUAAAAGAAUCACUUUGAGGCCCGCUUCUACCAAUGUCGUUUAACUUUAACCGUAGUUUAACCCACUCUUCGUCCUUUUCUAACUACCUGCCUUAGAAAGAGACGAAGAGUGAGUUAAUCGAAGAUUAAAUUAACUAGACUUUGGUCGAAGUGGCCCUAAGUCUAUCCAACUCCAAAUGACAAGGUUGACAACGUGCGUCAAUUUUUAUCGACUUGACGUUAGCAAAUGACAUGAUUUAUGAUACACUUUAAUUUAACAAUGUUAAUGGCAAUUAAUAGUAUUAAUGGCAACUAGCAGGAAUAAUUUAGCAUUAAGGAAUAAUACGGAGCGUAGGGACUGCGUCUCGUCGCUCCUUAAAAUUCGCUUCGUGUCUAGCAGGAGAACUUGCGUGACGUCGUUGUUUGUUAAUGUUUCGUAGAAACGUACAACAUUAGUAGAGAACAUAAUUCUGCGCGAUUAGACGUUUUAUUAGCUUCAAUGAUCGCCGAUCCGUGCCCGAUCGAAUUCCCUCCGCGACGUCCCUUCGGCCGGUUGCGCGUAAAUUAGAUCAAUCAGCGCUAUCAGAUUAGGUGAAAACUAGCGUUGCAUGAGAAUAGGUACACCGCGGGAGCGAUUUAUCGGACGGAGAGAGGCGAGUUUACGAGGAGAAUCUCGAUGAAACGCCCGACGAUUAUUAAAACUUCUCGUCGGGCGUUUAUCCGCAACCGUUCAUCCGCGUUCCUGAACUUUCCGACCGUAGGAUGGAAGGGAAGACGAGGGAAGGAAGAAAGAAAACCUUCUUUAUCUCCUAACAAGCUGUCCGACUUAGAGCUUUCAAGAUCAAGUAGCUGCGAGAGUCACUUGUGCUCUCGAACUGUCUUCGCAUUAAUUUCCCCGGAGGAGAUGACGAGCUUAUAAAAUGAGCGGAAACAGAAUUAAGGGCGAACGAUGAGGCAAUGAAGCGAGGGCGCAACGGGACGACGCACGUCGAACGCGAAUACAUAUCAGAGAGUACCGAAGGGUGCAUGUGCCCCGAGUUUAACUCUAUUUUUUUCCACCCGUUCUAUCCACGCCCGGCGCUGUUUAUAAUCGACACCGUUAUGCGAUUCAAUUAAUGUGUAAUCUCAUUUGCUUGUUGUCGAUGUCUCGUCUGUGAAUGUCACUCUCUGCGUUCCCCGUCUGUGAAUCAUUAAACGAUUAUAAUUG